CACUGUCCCCGACCCCUUCCUAUUAAAAGCCAUCUCCCAACUAGACAGAGGCUAGUACUAGUAGUAGCACUGCGUAGCAGCAAUGGUGGCUUCCUCCUCCUCCUCCUCCUCCUCCUCUCCCUCUCCCCCAUAAAGCCACGCACCACGCGCGGUUGGUUUCUUGGCGUGUUCCUGGGCCUUCCUCGUACUACGCGGCGGCGGGCGGCGGCCAUGGACAUGGCGACGGGGGCGAAGGAGGUGGUGGUGGUGGAGGCGUACGAGUACGAGUUCGACCUCGAGAACCCGUUCACCAGCCCCGCCGACGAGCCGAUCGCCAGCCUCCUCGACGCCGAGGGCCACCACUCGCCGUCCGUCUCCGCCGCCGCCUCCGCCGCCCGCCGCGAGGCCGCCGGGUUCAUCUCCAAGGUGCGGUACGACGGCGAGCUGGACGUGCACCCCCGCGUCGCCUACCUCGCGCUCAACUACGUAGAUCGCUACCUCUCCAAGCGCCAAUUGGCCUGCGAGCGCAACCCAUGGGCGCCGCGGCUGCUCGCCAUCAGCUGCCUCACCCUCGCCGCCAAGAUGCAGCGCGCCGCCGCCAUCUCCGCCGCCGACAUCCAGAGGGGCGAGGAGUUCAUGUUCGACGAGGCGAAAAUCCAGCGCAUGGAGCAGAUGGUGCUCAACGCGCUGGAGUGGCGGACGCGCUCCGUCACGCCGCUCGCCUUCCUCGGCUUCUUUCUCUCCGCGUGCUUCCCGCAGCCGCGGCACCCGGCGCUGCUCGACGCCAUCAAGGCCCGCGCCGUCGACCUCCUCCUCCGCGUCCAGCCGGAGGUGAAGAUGGCGGAGUUCUCCCCCUCCGUGGCGGCCGCCGCGGCCCUCCUCGCGGCCGCCGGAGAGGUCGCCGGCGCCCACCUCCUCGGCUUCGAAGCUGGCGUCGCCGCUUGCCCCUUUGAGAAGUUGCGGGAGUGCGGCGAGGUGAUGGCGGCGGCCUGCGGCGUCGGGCCCAGCUGGGCGGCGGCGGCGACGAGCGCCGAGACGCCGGUGACGGUGCUCGGCCACCACCGGAGCGCGAGCUCCGAGAGCGAGCGCACCACCACCGUCGGAUCGGCGGCCAACAGCGCCGAUGCGAAGAGGCGCUGCAUGGGCCCACCUCGGCAGUGGGGGGUAGGCGGCCCUGAUGAGUGAUGAGGCAACGUGAGCGAGAGAUAGGGUGACGACUCGGACGACAGCUGGAAGAGCUGGAAAUUUGCUCUUGCCCUGCUCUUUCUUUCAUUCACCUUUCCUUUUCUUUCCGAUUCUUUUUUCCCUCUAUUUUAAUCUUUUCGAGGUAAAGCAGGAAUGGAGAUAAUUGGUGGUGGUAGCUGUCAUUUUAAUUGCUUUUUUUGCUCGUCUUUUUUUAGGCUAGUUUUGUUUUUGUUCAGAAGUACUGGAUGUUAAGGGCGAUGAAUAUAUUGUGGUGAGAGGGAGAGGGGGAUAAUGUGAUAUUGCGGAAAAUAAAAAAAAUGUUGUUGCUCAUUACCGGUGCA